AUGUUGUUGUCGCUUUCAGUUCAGUCAAUUACAUUAGUAUCAUUAGUACGCGGCCGGCAUCUCUGUUAUACAGACGCGUUUUCACAGAAACAACCGAUAAUGCCCGAGGUACAUCCGGCGUUCGCCAACGCGGGGAAGAAGCAAGGACUGGAGAUAUGGAGGGUCGAAGACUUUGAACCGGUUCCUGUGCCGCCACACCAGUAUGGAAACUUUUAUAGCGGCGACUCCUACAUCGUGCUUAAGACCACUGGCUCGAGCCGCCUCUCCUGGGAUAUCCAUUUCUGGCUCGGCGCCAACACCAGUCAGGACGAGGCCGGCUCGGCCGCUAUCCUCUCCGUCAACCUGGACGACGAGCAGUUCCAUGGGGACGCGGUGCAGCACCGGGAGACGCAGGGCCACGAGUCCAGGCAGUUCCUGAGCUACUUCGAGCCGGCGAUAAGGUAUAUGGAGGGAGGACAUGCCUCUGGGUUCAGCCACGUGACCAUCAACGCGGGAGCAGAGAAAAGACUGUUCCAGAUCAAGGGGAAAAGGAAUGUCCGUGUGAAGCAGGUCGAGGCCUCCGUGGCGUCUAUGAACAAGGGCGACUGCUUCAUCCUGGACGUGAAUCACGACAUCUUCGUGUACGUCGGCGACGGCUCCAAGAGCGUUGAGCGUCUGAAGGCGAUCACGGUGGCCAACCAGAUCAGGGACCAGGACCACAGCGGGAGGGGAAACAUCGAGAUAAUCGAUCCCUACUCGAACGAGGGCGAUUUGGGCAAGUUCUUCGAGGCCCUGGGUUCCGGGGACCAGGACUCGGUGCCAGAUGCCACUGAAGGCGGUGAUGAUGAAGAAUUCGAGCGCGGGACCUCGCAAGAGGCGACACUCAGCGAGAUAUCCGACAGAACCGGCCAGAUGGAGAUUAAGAAGCUGAAUGGACCCCUGAAACAGGAGCUCUUGGAUUCCCAGGAGUGUUUCAUCUUGGAUACUGGAAGCAGCAUUUACGUCUGGGUCGGCAGAAAGUCUAACGGAAAGGAAAAGUCAGCGGCGAUGGAAAAGGCGCAACAGUACUUGAAAGCUAACAACUAUCCGGCUUGGGUACACAUAUCCAAAGUGACUGAAGGUUCAGAGCCGACUGCCUUCAAACAGUACUUCGAGGACUGGAAC